AUGAUUUACGCUCGCUUCUUGGCCAAGGCACGAGGCUUUCUACGGCUUCGCAAUCUCUUGCUUCGCCAGUGCCUCGCCGAACUCCUGGGAGUCUUCGUAUUGAUUGUGAUAACCCUGAGUGCGUCUGCGCAAUCCGUCACUAGCGAGGGGAGAAAGGGGGGCUAUUUCAGCUCAGCCCUGGCAGGCGGGGUUGCUGUGAUGGUUGCUAUCCACAUUUCGGGCGGCGUCUCCGGGGGCCAUCUCAAUCCGGCUUUCUCACUAGCCAUGUGUCUUCUCGGCCAAUGCCCGUGGUGGAAAUUGCCCAUCUUCUCUGUCGUUCAGACCUUGGGGGCUUUUUUGGGGGCAGGCACAGUCUACACCCUCUAUUAUGACGCCAUCCACAGUUACAGCAAUGGGACCCUUGCAGUCACCGGACCCCAGGAAACUGCCUCCAUCUUUGCUACCUACCCGGCACCCUACCUGUCUCUAGGCAAUGGCUUCUUUGACCAGGUUCUGGGGACCGGGGUGCUGUUGGUGAGCAUCCUGGCCAUCAUCGACUCCCACAACAAGCGCAUCCCCCAGGGGCUGGAGCCGCUCGGGGUGGGCUUGCUGGUCACCUCUCUCGGGCUGGCAAUGGGAGCCAACUGCAGCUGUGCGAUCAACCCAGCCAGGGACUUAGGGCCGCGACUCUUCACCUACAUGGCUGGAUGGGGGCCUCAGGUGUUCAGCGCCGGGAACUACUGGUGGUGGGUUCCGAUCGUGGCCCCGAUGGUGGGGGCAGCAACCGGUACGGCUGUGUACCAGCUUGGGGUGGAGUUUCACCACCCCACAUCCCAGGACGAGGAGAAGAUCCCAAGCACAGAGGAGCCUUGCCCAGGGACGGAGAAGGAUAUUGAAAUCCCGGUUUACGCUGUGAAUAUGUAUGCAGAGACCUGGACAGACAGGAGUGCCGGGAUCCUCCCAGCCAGGGACCACAGCAAAUGGGAAACUGUUAAAGCCAGAGAGACAAUGGAACAGUGACGGAGAUGUCAUCCUUUCGUUUUUAUAGAUGGGGGAGUUGAUGUUACUGAUGUCAUGACUGACGUGGAUGCAUGCAUGGGUGUGUGUGUGUGUGAAUUCCUCCCCCAAAACAGAUUUCCUGGGACUCACAAAGGAUCAGUUUCUCUCACAUGAACUUGCCUGCUUCUUAAGAGCAGCAUCUGAGGUCCCACUCCAA